AUGACAACAUUGACCACAAAUCCAGUUAUGAUGAAAGCCAUCAAACAUGCGAUGAAUGGCGUGAAUCUGAUUCCGAUGGCAAAGAUGUCCGCAAAAAGAGACAAUCGUUGCGAAACGAACGGCGAAGACAUUGAUAGCCAUCGAUAUAAAUGUGUUGAAAAGGAUUGCGACAAAUCUUAUAUACAUAUCAAUAAACUGUUUACACAUCUGGAAAAGUGUCACCAAAUAAGCGGUUCCGACAUUGAAGACAAUAUACGCAAACAUUUCGGUUACGAUGGAAGCGAUGACAACAACAACGCCAGCGAAGACAAGGCAUCGCUCGAUGAGAAACUGAAACAUAGAUUAAGUCACUUAUGGGACGCGAAGACCAAUAAAUACGUUUGCGGCGGAAAGGGUUGCAACCGAUCCUAUAGUGAUGUGACCACUAUUUCAAUGCACUUGAAACGUGUCCACAGCGGGAAGACAUUCAUCUCGGGGCUCGACGUAUACAAGUGUCCGCAAAGUGGCUGUAAAUCGCAAUUUGACAACAGAUGUAAACUCACUCAACACAUAAAGUGUGUCCACCGGAGGAAGCGAUCGCUGUUUUGCUCGCAUCACAACUGCGACAGAGGUUUUCAGACUCAGAGUGGUCUCAAAAAGCACGAGUUGUCGCACACGGCCGAGAAGACCGAGCGCUGCCAUUACCCGGACUGCGCCUACACUUCAUUCUCGGCCGAACGGAUCAAAUCACACGUCCAACGGGUGCACGAGUCCGAGCGGACUAUUGUCUGUGAGCACGAGGGCUGCGGCCGAGCGUUUAAGACGGUGCCCGAAGUGAAACAGCACGCGCUGGUGCACGAGUCGGCCGCGUACGUGUGCUCGUGGCCCGGAUGCGACCAACGGUUCCGGAGGCAGUUGCAGCUCACGCGUCAUAUGUCUCGCCACACGAACGAACCGACCGUUCGGUGCGGUCUCGACGGUUGCGGCGAAAUGUUUCUUACGGCUCAUCUGCAGCGCAAACACCAACAGCGGGCCCACAAUCGGCCGAUGUGUGUCAAACUGGCGUAUGGGCGUCGGUGCGAUUGGCCCGGAUGUGAGUGGUUUGGCAGAGCAUUCCCGGCCCACCGACGCACCCAUACGGGCGAAAUGCCGUUCGCCUGCGAGUGGCCCGUCUGUGGCAAACGGUUCCGGUGCGCGACGUUCUUGAGGGAUCACAUGAACGUUCACAAUAACCUGAGGCCAUACGCGUGUCAUUGGCCCGGAUGUACGUAUCGGUCCAAUAAUAGCGCUAAUAUCAACAAACAUACUAAACAAGUGCACCGAAAACACACUUCCGGGGAAGAUAUGCGGAUGCGAUGCAGUGAUAACGAGAUAACGAGACCAAUGACUUCACGCAAGACAAGACAUCACAUGACACUCGCGUCGAGAACUGAUAAGAUUACUGUCGCUGCGAUGAUAAUGCAAUGGUAA